AACAAGUGAGAUUUGAUGGUGAAGCGUAAACGAAUACGGUACCCAUACAUUUUCCCUGAAAAAACAAAACCCCACAUAACACGACACCGUUUUGGUCCCACUAAUACCAUUCAUUCUUCUUCAUUUUCAAAACUUGAAUUUCAUUUCCCUGGCUCUGCUUUUCCCAAAAGAGGGAAGAAGAUUUAUCACUUUCUCUAGUCUCUACCGCAGCUUUUCGGACGCUCAAAUUUUCUAGGGUUUUUAGUUUUCUUAUCGAGAAUUUGAAAAAUGGCGGAUAAAAAUCGAUGGAGUUGGGAUGUUAAAGGAUUUGAGCCCAAGAAAACGACGUCUUUUGAGACUUCAGAUCAGUAUCAGAGUAGAAAUUCGUCGUUAGUUCGUAGAUACUCGAUCUCGUCUUCGAUUUUGCCGCCUUCUGAGAUUUCUAAGCAUGCUUUGGUGUCCAAACUUCAGAAUCUUGAAGAUAAUCUCCAGUUUGCAAAGGAAGAUUAUGCAGUCUUGAGGCAAGAAGCGUGUGAUAUCCAGGAGUAUUCUAAGGCUAAGCUUGAUCGUGUAACGCAAUAUUUGGGAGCCAUUGCAGAUAAAACCCGUAAAGUGGAUCAGGCUGCUCUGGAAGCAGAGGCGAAAAUUUCUCCUCUAAUAAGCGAAAAGAAAAGGUUGUUCAAUGACUUAUUGACAGCCAAAGGAAAUGUGAAGGUAUUUUGUCGUACAAGACCAUUAUUUGAAAAUGAAGGCUUAUCAAUUGUUGAAUUUCCCGAUGAAUACACUGCUCGCGUUGAUACUGGUGAUGAGACAUUGACUAACCCUAAAAAGGAUUUUGAACUUGAUCGUGUUUACGGACCUCAUGUUGGACAAUCUGAAGUAUUCACUGAUGUUCAACCAUAUGUACAAUCUGCUUUGGACGGCUAUAAUGUUUCAGUAUUUGCUUAUGGGCAAACUCAUUCUGGAAAGACUUAUACAAUGGAAGGACCUAGCCAUGAUCGUGGUUUAAUUAUUCGAUGUUUUGAAGAACUAUUUGAUUUAUCUAACUCUGAGAGAACUACAACUUCUCGGUUUAGUUUUUCUGUCACUGUUUUUGAGCUUUACAAUGAGCAGGUUAAGGAUUUGCUUGCGGCAUCAGGCAAGAGUUCACUGAAAGUUCGAAUGGGAAUGCCUGACUCAUUUAUAGAGCUUGUGUCAGAGAAAGUUGAUAAUCCUAUGGAUUUCUCAAAAGUUCUGAAAGCAGCGCUGCAGAGUCGGGGCCCUGAUGCACAAAAGCUUAAUGUUUCUCAUUUUAUUGUGACAAUACAUGUACAUUAUAAUAAUGCUAUCACCGGUGAGAACUUAUACAGCAAGCUUUCACUGGUUGAUUUAGCUGGAAGUGAGUGCUUGACUAUGGAUACUGAGACUGGCAAGCGUGUGACUGAGCUGUUGCAUGUGAUGCAAUCACUUUCAGCAUUGGGAGAUGUAUUUUCAUCUUUAACAUCAAAGAAAGACGAUGUUCCUUAUGAAAAUUCACUCCUCACGAAACUUCUGGCCGACUCGCUAGGUGGAAGCUCCAAAACUUUGAUGAUUGUCAAUAUAUGCCCAGAUGUUUCAAAUUUAUCCGAAACUUUAUCAUCCCUCAACUUUGCUUCUAGAGCCCGAAGUGCUGUUUUAAGCCUUGGAAAUAGAGAUACAAUAAAGAAAUGGAGAGAUAUUGCAAAUGAUGCACGUCAAGAGCUGUAUGGUAAAGAAAACGAUAUCCUUUAUCUGAAACAAGAAGUAGUGAGUUUACAGCAAACACUCAAAGAUGCAAAUGAUCAAUGUGUCCUCCUAUUCAACGAAGUUCAGAAGGCUUGGAAAGUUUCCUUUACUUUACAAUCAGAUUUGAAGUCAGAAAAUAUUAUGCUUUCAGAAAAGUAUAAGAUUGAGAAAGAUCAGAAUGCACAACUAAGGAAUCAAGUCGCUCAAUUGCUGCAAGUAGAACAAGAACAAAAGUUUCAGAUACAAGAAAGAGAUGCAACAAUUCAGAAACUUCAGGCUAAAAUUGGGAGUUUAGAGCAACAAUUUAAUGAAGCCCUUCGUUCUUCUGAAAGCAAGUCAGAGGGUGCAACUGAUUCUAAUAUGAAGGUAGCGGAGGAUAAUGUGGACUCUUCUGCUGUUACAAAGAAGCUUGAAGAAGAACUUCUGAAACGGGAUGCCUUGAUAGAGAGGUUGCAUGAGGAAAAUGAGAAGCUAUUUGACAGAUUGACUGGAAAAGCUGCAUCAGUUGGGUCAUCCCAGGUAUCUAGUCCGUUAUCUAAACGAGAAUCAAAUGCCCAGACGCAAGAUGUGGCCAGGACCAAUACUGUUACCAGUACGGGACGUUCUGCUCAAGUGGUGUCCGGGUCGUCAGCUAGUGGCAAGGGAGAAAUGGCAGUUGCUCUGGUCAAAGCUUCAAACGAGCUAGCAAAAGCCACCCCGGCUGGAGAAUAUCUUACUGCUGCCUUGAAUGACUUUGAUCCAGAACAGUAUGAAGGGCUCGCCGCUAUUUCAGAUGGUGCAAACAAACUUCUGAUGUUGGUUCUUGCAGCUGUUAUAAAAGCCGGUGCCUCUAGAGAGCAUGAAAUACUUGCAGAAAUUAGAGAUGCUGUCUUCUCAUUUAUUCGUAAAAUGGAGCCGAUGAGGGUGAUGGAUACUAUGCUUGUAUCUCGUGUAAGGAUAUUGUAUAUAAGAUCUUUAAUUGCUAGAUCUCCGGAACUGCAAUCUAUCAAGGUUGCUCCAGUUGAUCGAUUCUUAGAGAGAGCUCCUAAUGGAAGAAGUAGGAGCACUAGUCGUGCGAACAGCCCUGGAAGGUCUCCAGUGCGUUAUGAUUUGAGCCCUAGAACUUCUCUGGUUGAAGGGCAAAUUCAAGGCUUCAGAGUGAAUAUAAAACAAGAGAAGAAAUCCAAAUUUUCUUCUGUGGUUUUGAAGCUGCGGGGUAUUGAUGAGGAAACGUGGAGGCAACAUGUAACUGGUGGAAAACUCAGGGAGAUAACAGAGGAAGCCAAAAGCUUUGCUGCGGGAAAUAAGGCUCUUGCUGCUCUCUUUGUUCAUACACCAGCUGGGGAGCUACAGCGUCAAAUUAGAUCAUGGCUAGCUGAGAAUUUUGAGUUUCUUUCAGUUACAGGUGAUGAUGCACUAGCUGGUACUACUGGCCAAUUGGAGCUCCUCUCUACUGCUAUCAUGGAUGGUUGGAUGGCUGGGCUUGGUGCUGCUUUACCUCCAAAUACAGACGCUCUUGGUCAACUCCUAUCUGAGUACACAAAACGGGUUUACACAUCUCAGUUGCAGCAUCUAAAGGAUAUUGCAGGCACAUUGUCAAUGGAAAUGGCAGAAGAUCCUGCUCAGGUGGCAAAGCUACGCUCUGCUCUUGAGUCUGUUGAUCACAAGAGACGAAAGAUAUUGCAACAGAUGAAAGCUGACGCAAGUCUACUAACGCUGGAAGGUGGUGGCUUGCCUAUACCCAAUCCUUCUACUGCAGCUGAAGAUGCUAGACUUGCUUCUCUGAUUUCUCUUGAUGGCAUAUUGACACAAGUCAAGGACAUGACAAGGCAAGCUUCCAUAAAUUCCUUGAGUAAAAGCAAGAAAAGAGCAAUGCUUACUUCUCUAGAUGAACUUAGUGAGCAAAUGCCAUCUCUUCUUGAGAUUGAUCAUCCAUGUGCCCUGAGGCAUAUUGCUGAAGCUCGAGUCAUUGUAGAGUCCGCUGCUGAAGAGGAUCAUUUCCAAUUUUCCCAUGCUCAUAAGCCAUCAUCGGAUUUCAACUAUGGUGCUGCAACUGAUGUCUCACAGUGGAAUGUCCUACAAUUCAACACCGGCUCUUCCACCCCCUUCAUCAUUAAAUGUGGUGCCAACUCAAAAACGGAAUUGGUUGUUAAAGCAGAUGCUAAGGUUCAAGAGCCAAAGGGUGGUGAAAUUGUUAGAGUUGUUCCAAGGCCAACAGUUCUGGAAAAUAUGAAUUUGGAAGAGAUGAAACGUGUAUUCUCCGAAUUACCUGAGGCUCUUAGUUUACUAGCCUUAGCAAGAACUGCAGAUGGCUCCAGAGCUCGGUAUUCCCGGCUGUAUAGAACUCUGGCAAUGAAAGUUCCUGCCCUGAAAGAUCUUGUUAGUGAGUUGGAAAAAGGAGGGGUUUUGAAGGAUGUGAAGCAAUGAGUUGAUGCAGAUGAAUUUAACGUUAUGAUCGUGUAUGUAUUGGUGGUCUUUUUUCCGGAUGAAAAUCACCGUUGCUGUUCUUUUUUACGACAUUGUUACCCUUGUGUUUUACCGUGUAUCAUUUUGGGGAUUCCUUUUUGUGAUACUGCAAAAAUGUAUGUAAAAUUUGUUGUAUUAUUCUUUGUAGUCACUCGUAAUUGUCAUCAAUUAAUGCGUUCUAUUCACUCGA